GGACUGGAUGGGAGGAUCCUAUGAUCAGAUCAGUUUCAGGCGAGAACACGCUCCUGGGCAAAGAAGCUUGAGAGAGGCCAGAACAACUUCUAGACAAGCUGCUGUGGAAAAUCUCCUGCGCCCAGGCUCUUAGAGUCCUUGCUUGGCGCCUGCCUGCAUCCUCCUGAGGCUGCACCGUGCGAUGGCGGUCCCUGUGCUCCGGAGCCUGCUGCUGACCCUCUGGGUCUUCAGUUUUGUUGGUGAAGCCUGUAAAAAGGUGACACUUCAUGUACCUUCAACACUAGAGGCAGACAAGAUCAUCGGAAGAGUUAGUUUGAAAGAGUGUCUCAGCUCGGCUGAUGGCAUCACGCCAAGUGAUCCUGAUUUCAGAGUUCUAGAUGACGGAUCAGUUUAUCCCACCAGAGCUGUUGUAUUGUCUGAUGAGAAAAGAUCAUUUACCAUUCAGCUUUCUGAUUCAAAGAUGCAAACACAGAAAGAGAUCACUGUAAUCCUGGAGCACAAGAAGAAGGUACUGAAGAAAAGACACACUAAGGAAACUGUCCUCAGGAGAGCCAAGAGAAGAUGGGCACCCAUUCCCUGUUCGAUGCAAGAAAAUUCCUUGGGUCCUUUCCCAUUGUUUCUUCAACAGGUUCAAUCUGAUGCAGCUCAGAACUACACCAUCUUCUACUCAAUAAGUGGGCGUGGUGCUGACCAGGAACCAUUGAAUUGGUUUUACAUCGAGAGAGACACUGGGAAUCUAUAUUGUACUCGGCCUGUGGAUCGUGAAGAAUAUGAUGUUUUUGAUUUGAUCGCCUAUGCAUCCACUGCAGAUGGAUAUUCAGCAGAUUUACCUCUCCCACUGCCCAUCAGAGUAGAGGACGAAAAUGACAAUCAUCCUCUUUUUACAGAAGCAGUUUAUAAUUUUGAAGUUCCAGAAAGCAGUAGACUUGGUACUGUAGUGGGAACGGUUUGUGCCACGGAUAGAGAUGAGCCUGACACAAUGCACACACGCCUCAAGUACAGCAUCUUGGAGCAGAGCCCACCAUCACCUGGGCUCUUUAAUGUGCACCCCGACACCGGCGUCAUCACCACUGUGUCUCACUACCUGGACAGAGAGGUUGUAGACAAGUACAAACUGAUAAUGAAAGUCCAGGAUAUGAACGGCCAAUUUUUUGGACUAAUCAGUACAUCGACUUGUAUCAUCACUGUGCAGGAUUCCAAUGACAAUGCGCCCACGUUCAGACAAAAUGCCUAUGAAACUGCUGUGGAGGAAAAUACAUACAAUGUCGAAGUCUUGCGCAUACCUGUAGAUGAUAAGGACAUGGUUAGCAGUGCCAACUGGAAGGCAAAUUUCACCAUCUUAAAAGGAAAUGAAAAAGGCUGGUUCAAAAUCACAACAGACCCAGCGACAAACGAGGGUGUUCUGUGUGUUGUGAAGCCACUGGAUUAUGAAGAAAAUCGUCAAGUGACCUUAGAGAUUGGUGUGAACAACGAAGCUCCAUUCAUUAGAGAUGUUGCAAACCGAAUACCCACCAUGAACCGGGCCGUGGUUACAGUUCAUGUGAGGGAUCAGAAUGAGGGACCAGAAUGCAAGCCCCCUGAGCAAUACGUGCGCAUCAAAGAGAACUCAGCAGUUGGGUCUAAGAUCAACGGCUACAAGGCCUACGACCCUGAAACCAAGAAUAGCAAUGGCUUAAGGUACAAAAAAUUGCAGGAUCCUAAAGACUGGGUCAGCAUUGAAGAAAUUUCAGGGUUGCUCACCAUAUCAAAAAUCCUAGACAGAGAAACCAUGGCUCCCAGAAAUGACUUAUACAAUAUUACAGUCAUGGCAAUUGACCAAGAGGGUAAAUCAUGCACAGGAACACUUGCAGUGAACAUUGAGGAUAUGAAUGACAACGCACCAGAGAUAAUUCAAGAUUAUAUUGUCAUCUGCAAGCCAAAGAUGGGAUAUACAGACAUUUCAGCUGUGGAUCCUGAUGAACCCAUCCAUGGCCCUCCCUUUCAGUUCAACUUGGCAAACUCUCCUCCAGAAGUUAACAGAAUCUGGACCCUCAACCAAGUUAAUGAUACAGCUGCCCGCCUGUCUUAUCAGAAAACUGCGGAUGUUCAAAUAUACAACAUUCCUGUUACCGUAAAAGACAGAGCAGGCCAAUCUGCAACCAAAACCUUGAGAGUGAACCUGUGCGAUUGUACUCAUCCCAGCCAAUGUCUGGCCAGAUCAAGGAGUGCGGGAGCCACCCUGGGGAAGUGGGCCAUCCUUGCCAUCUUGCUGGGCAUUGCUCUGCUAUUUUCGGUACUGCUAACUUUAGUAUGUGGAGUUGUUACUACCAAAAAAGGAAAGCAUUUCCCUGAAGAUUUAGCACAGCAAAACUUAAUUAUAUCAAAUACUGAAGCACCAGGGGAUGACAGAGUGUGCUCUGCCAAUGGGUUCACCACUCACACUGCCAACAACUCCAGCCAAAACUUCUGUGGCACAAUGGGGUCAGGAAUGAGGAAUGGUGGGCAGGAGACCAUUGAGAUGAUGAAAGGACACCAGACCCUGGAUUCCUGCCGUGUGGCUGGACAUCACCACACUCUGGAUUCCUACAGGGGAGGAAACAUGGAGACUGACAACUGCAGAUACACUUACUCCGAGUGGCACAGUUUCACACAGCCGCGACUUGGUGAGAAAUUGCAUGUGUGUAAUCAGAACGAAGAACACAUCCCGUCCCAAGACUAUGUCCUCACCUAUAACUACGAAGGCAGGGGAUCUCCAGCUGGCUCUGUGGGCUGCUGCAGCGAAAAGCAGGAAGAAGAGGGACUCGAUUUUUUAAACAACUUGGAACCCAAAUUUCUUACAUUGGCAGAAACGUGCACCAAGAGAUAAUGCUACUGGGUUACAAUUAGAGAUGGCCUUAGCAGAUAUUCCAGAAGUUUGAAACAAGGAUCCUGUAAAACAGACUCACUACUUACACAAAAUGGUCUUGAGUUAUGCUGACUUGAAGUGUGAUAUUGACUGUAGUCUAGUGUGAAUUGAUACAUAUUCAGAAGAAAGUAUUUGUGAAAUUCUGAUCUUUUCCGGGUCUAUGUGCUGUGUGUAACUCUCCUGCAAAGUGGGGUAGGAGCAGUGUGCUCCAGUUCCUAGUCUAUCACAGGGUCAUGACCCUUGCGGCAUGCAGGGCAUGUGUCUCUACUAAGUGCUGCUAGGGUAUACCCACAUUGUGUGUCCAGGAGCUUAUGCACACAUAAGGAACUUUCUCCAUUUUGCAGUCUUCCUCUUACCAAUUUGUACUGUUAAAGCAAUUUGUCUCUGACCACUUUUCAAAGAGCACAAAGGUUAAACUAGAGGACCUGAAGUGUUCAAGCAGCAGUAUUGGAGGCCACUAAGGUCUGUAAAGGAUGCACCCUGCUGUGAGGAUAUCUUCCUAACAAAUGACUGGUGUAAACUACUAGUUUGAAAACAGUUAAGUUGUACCAACAUCACAUCCUUCUAUGGAUGGUUUAAGAAACAAACAAAACAUUAAGGAAGAAGGUUUCAGAGCAGAAAAAACCUUAUGAUAGGUUACAUUUAAAACUUUUGGACCUGCCUCCUUCUAUUUUCAGGAUCAAAUGCUUUAUUGGACUUUGGAAACAAAAUUUUGCAAGCUAGCCUAAUGUGUGUCAGCACGGUCUGAAACCAGUGUUUAUUUGUAACCAAAGUACACAUCCGAGUGACAUUUAAAAUGCGAAGGCAACAAAAAGGAAAAUGACAAUUGAAAAUAAGGCUCUGUGUGACUUAUCUUGUAACAAGAAAUCAGAAUCUUAAAGGAGCAGACUCCCUUCUGCCAGGUUACUGUGGGCUGUGUGACACUUAAACGUGCCAGCUCUUGUCUGCUUGAGUAAUUUGUUUAAAUUUAGAAACAAAAAUUGUAGUUUUAUUGGGGAAGAAAGAGACAUCCACAUGGAAGAGUAGAUUCACUUUGAGGAUAUAUAAAAAUCUGUACAUCCAAACAUUAGAAGCCAUCUACGGGAUCUGGCCCUGUACCCACUCUACUGCUGGGGCCUACAGCUUCCUGUUUACAGAAAGGAUAUGGUUUUCUUGGGACCUAUUGUUGACAGCCGCUGAAAUUACAUGCUUUCUUCUACUUUUUUCCUCUCCUCUUCUUCUUUUUUUUAAUUUUACUUUGGGGGAAUUGGAUUACCUCUAUAUAUUGGUACUGGCUAGCCUCAAACUUACAGUCCUCCUGUUUCAGUCUCUGGAUAUUAGAAUUAUAGGCAGAUGCCACCAUUCUUGUUAUUGAAAUAGAGCCUUGUCCUUUAAGUCUGGAGCCUUUGCGGCACUGGGAGACAGCUGGGGAAACUGUUGUUACCUUCCUAGCUAUUGACUCAGAAUCGUAGCUCUGUUUCCAGAACCCAUUCGGACUUUAUGGAAAGGAGCUCCAGCAGCAUUCCAGAGACCCAGCCUACCUUUUCCUGUUUGCCAAAGCUGCCGGAAAGCCCUGCAGCAGAUUCACUGAGCUGGCAAAACCUUCUAGAAACUCAAUCAUCCUUCAGUGUGACUUUAUUUUUAUUUUUAUCAGUUCGCUUUGUUAGUGGGGGUUUAUCACCGACAGAAGAAACAGAAACUUUGGAUCUAUGCAGGCAAGACACUUUUCAGACCUCUUCUCAUUUGGAAUAUGAGAUCAGGAAAGAGGGCUGCAAUGAGGGAUGUAACUCAACCUGGCAUAGACAAAAUAAAGGAUUUAAGUAUGAGCGCUGUAUAAAACAGACAUGGUGGCAACAUGCUCGUAGCCCCAGCGCUUGGGAGCAGGGAGAAACAGGAGGAUGGAGGGAGUUCAAGGUUCUCCAUAGUUAUGUGAGAAGCUUGAGGCCAGUUUAGGUUACAUGAGUCUUUGGAUGGGCCAUAACUGUUGCACUGGUCAAACCUCAUAUGGAUCCAAGAUUCUGAUUCGAAUUUUUAAAUUUUUCCUAAUUUUAUUUUACCCUGAGGGUUACUUUCAUGAUAGAUCUUUGAAAUUGUCGAUUUGUUUUUUGUUCACGACAUCAUAUAAUAUUACUCUCUUCUCGCAUGUAAAGUUGAAAAUUGUGCUAUUUUAGUGUGUAAGAAAAACAGCUCUCCUUUUGUAACACUUUCCUUCCCUCCUCUAGGUUUUUAUGUAAAUGUACAGACCAUUUUUUUUCUUACAUUUAUAAGGAAACAGUUAACUCUCUAAAGAGCAAUUGGAGUUUGUUUUUCAAUGUUAUAAACAACUUUAAUUUGACAAUUAAAUUGCUUUGGAAACUUGUCAAAUAAAAAUAAGCAAGCAUUGGA